AUGGAGACAACAUAUAGCAGUAACGCGGAUCGCCUGGAAUACUUGUACCUGAACUUAGUGGGCCAAGUGGUUCAGGUUCGUCUGGUAGACGGUUCGUCUUUGGAGGGCAUUUUUGUCUCACGCACAGAUGUCGACGCGGACACGGAGGCGGGUAUUCUUCUCUGCUGCACUCGUUGUCUCCCCUCUUCGAAGCACAAGCCGCUGGACCCCUCAUGCCUGGAGUUAUUGGAAGACACAAUUAUUCCCUACCGGGACGUAGUGAUGAUGGAGGUGCAAAACGCAAAGAUCCGAACAGAGGCGCCUGGCAGAACGGACACCGUUCGCAGUGAUUACUCCAUGAACAAAAUUGACUGGGCGGAUGAGGGUGCGAAUGAGCUUCUGGACAGUGAGCAACAUCAAACCGGUGCGUGGGAUCAGUUUGAGGCAAACGAGAAGAACUUUGGGGUGAAGACGACAUACAAGGAAGAGCUCUACACUACCCGGCUGGAUCACAGUAAGAUCACGGAGGAACAGAGGGCACAUGCCGAUCGUGUGGCUCGUGAAAUUGAGGUGUCCGCAACGCGUGGUAUUGCCCACCGAAUGGAGCGUGAGGAGUUCUUGAAGGAUGAUGGAGGCAUGGAUGAGGGCACGCUUUACUCCGAUGUGCAGCGUCCGCAGGAAAAGAAGAAGA